GUUCCGGCCUUGCUGCAAGCACAGUAACAGAGAGGCCAGGAUUGUCACCACUUCAGACAGCAGUGGAGUCAGUGGACAUCGGAGCCAUGCUCGCAGCGAUGGGCUGCCUAGUGGCUGCCUUCUGGUCACUCCUCAAUCCCCGCACUCUCCUGCUGGGUGCUGUCGUCUUUCUGUUCCUUGCCAAUUACUUCAAAAGGCGGCGUCCCAACAACUACCCGCCUGGACCCCCGAUUCUGCCUAUCAUUGGAAACUUCUUCCAUAUGGGCUUUAAGGAGCCACACCUGUCGCUUCAACAGCAUGUGAAGAAAUAUGGGAACAUUUUAAGCAUGGAAGUUGGUCACUUCUCUACAGUUAUUAUAACUGGAUUACCCUUAAUCAAAGAAGCCCUUGUCCACCAGGGCCAAAAGAUUGUGAACCGCCCCGUGGCCCCUAUCCGAGACUUGAUCUUCAAGAACAAUGGAUUGAUCAUGUCCAAUGGCCAGGCAUGGAAAGAACAAAGAAGAUUCACCCUGACAACACUAAGGAACUUUGGCUUAGGAAAGAGGAGCUUAGAGGAACGCAUACAGGAGGAGACCCACCACCUCAACCAGACAAUAAAAGAGGAGAACGGACAGCCUUUUAACCCUCAUUUCCAGAUCAACAGUGCAGUUUCCAAUAUUAUUUGCUCCAUCACCUUUGGGGAGCGCUUCGAGUACCAGGAUGAUCAAUUCCAAGAAAUGCUGAGGUUGCUGGAUGAGGUCAUAGCUCUGGAGAUGUCAAUCUUUUGCCAUCUGUAUAAUAUGUUUCCAUGGAUAAUGAAAUUCAUUCCUGGACCCCACAAAACAGUCUUAGUCAAAUGGGAGAAACUGAAAUUGUUUAUUGCCCGUGUGAUUGAAAACCACAGGAGAGAUUGGAAUCCUGACAAACCAAGGGACUUUAUUGAUGCAUACCUCAAUGAAAUAGAAAAGCAUGCGGACAAUCCUACAUCAAGCUUCAAUGACGAAAACCUCAUCGUCAGUACCCUGGACCUGUUCUUUGCUGGAACGGAGACAACUUCGACGACACUGCGCUGGGGUCUGCUUUUCAUGGCUCUUUACCUGGAAAUCCAAGAAAAAGUACAAGCUGAGAUCGACACAGUGAUCGGCCGGUCGCAGCCGCCGAGCAUGGCCGCUCGAGAGUCCAUGCCCUACACCAAUGCCGUUAUCCACGAGGUGCAGAGAAUGGGAAAUAUCAUCCCCCUGAAUGUGCCCAGGGAAGUGACAGUUGAUACCACCCUGGCUGGAUACCACCUGCCCAAGGGGACCAUAAUCCUGACCAAUCUGACUGCACUGCACAGGGACCCCACAGAGUGGGCCACCCCUGACACAUUCAAUCCGCAGCAUUUCCUGGAGAAUGGACAGUUUAAGAAAAGGGAAGCCUUUCUGCCUUUCUCAAUAGGAAAGCGGGCAUGCCUUGGAGAACAGCUGGCCAAGACUGAGCUGUUUAUUUUCUUCACUUCCCUUUUGCAAAAAUUUACCUUUAAGCCCCCCCAUAAUGAGAAGCUGACCCUGAAAUCCAGAAUAGGCAUCACCAUCUCCCCAGCCAGCCACCGCAUCUGUGCUGUUCCUCGGGCAUGAAGUGUUGAGGAAGGAGAGCAGAAAGGAAAGCAAGAAGAGUCGGCAUGUCCUCCCCUUUGAAGGCACGGCGCCUGCUCAGAAGUGAGGGAACAGAAUUGAAGUAGCUCUGAGGAAAGAUUGUCGGCAUUGGACUCAGAGAAACUGGAUCCAAAUCCACUUUGUGAUCUCCUACAGUGUAGCCUUGAGCAAAUCAUGAAUCUUGUGAUUUACCUUUUCAUCCAGGAGAUGAAAAGAAGAUAAUGAUUCCUUCUGGAAAGGAAGAAUUGCUAUGAGAAUCACAGAAAAUAAUGGGCUUUACGUGAUUUGGAAACCAUCAAGCUCAUCAUAAAAUUUAUCGCUGUAAUCUGCUGCCUCCUUCUUGCUUCCUUCCUCAGACAUCAAUUUACCUCUGGCCUGUUGAAAUGGCUCAGGUCAAAGUCAUGCCAAAUGGUUGAUACGAGUUAGACGUGGACCCUGGUGAGACCGCCACAGAAGUUCGCCAUAAAGACUCACACUUGGUAGCACUCUACAAACUUUAUCUUGCUUCUUCCUCAGAAUGGCCCUCUGGGAAGUCAGCAUGGCAAAUGUUAUUCCUUAUUUAUAGGAAGAUUUUUAAGGAAGAAGCAGUUUCCAUGUUUCCCUAAGGAAAUCCCUCCUUGGUCUUGGACCCAGGGCCAAAUAGAGUAUGGCCAGAAGAUUGUCAGCUUUUGGAUGGCAAGUAUUAUCAGCUUAAACUCAGCAGGGUAGAGUAUUUUAUAGCAGGGAGCCAGAAAUGCCAGACUCCUGCUCUGUCCUCUAGCAUGUGGUCACUGAGGGGAGACAAUGGAAGGCCAGGUAACACUGACAAUCCAUGGAGUUUUGACAGCAAGCCCAACACAAACAAACACAAAACAAACCUGAUAAACUAGAUGAAACCGUAUAGAAUAUAAUUUUUCCCAAAGUGGUUAGACCUCAGUAAUUUAAAUAGGUCAAAACACAAUGGGCCAUGAGGCCAUGGGCUUUCUUUUCCUUUUUCUUGGCAUUCAGAGAA